AUGGCCUGUUCCAAAUACGCUUCAACGAAAGAAACAACAAACGCUCUCCGAGUGUCAAGGCUACUCAACGGUCCUUGCACAGAUCUCUUUAGGGAGAUUUUAAAAAUAAAUGUUACAGAAAUUCAACUUCCAUUUGCCCUUAAAAAUAAGAAAAACGUUCUCGUACCUGUACUUAGCAAAAAACAAAGAGAACUUCUCUUUCCAACAUGGGGAUACUUCACAGGAAUGUAUGAACAAUUAGAUUUGUCUUUAUUAUACAUCCUUCUGAGAAAUAUAUCUGGAAUAUUACCCCAUAAUAAAGGUUGGGGCAAGCAUCCAGACAAUGCUGAUAGGUCCCUUUCCGCGAAUAUAGAUAGAAUAAGGGAGAUUAGAAACAAUUAUGUUGGACAUGCAGCUUCUCUCUCACUAUCUGAUAAUGAAUUCAAUCAUAUCUGGGAUGAAAUCACAAACAUAAUAAGUGACCUUGAAGUGAUCUUGCCUGGCGGAUGUGUAUCAUACACAAAUGCUGCGAAAAACCUGAAAACUGCAACAAUGGAUCCAGUACAAGAAAGGCAGUAUUUAGACGUCAUUGACAGCCAGAAAAACACAAUUGAAGAAAAGAUAAAGACUAUCAAAGACUUAGAAGGCAAACACUUUGAUGGAGAAAGAAGGAAACUUAUCGUGAAGACGGACCAAGUUCUUCUGAAGCACAAAGACAUGCGAGAGUACACGAAAACUUCAGCCCUGACAGCUACAUUAGAAAAGCUAAAAAGAAGUCAUAUCGUAAUUUUAAUAGGAAAAGGAGGAGAGGGGAAAACUACAACAGCGCGGCAAGUCAUGUGUAUAAAGUCACCUAGGGCCUCUGAAUCAGCCUACAUACCCGUUUUUAUAGAAUCUCCAGAGGAAUGGAAAACGGUGAUCAAUCAAGACCAUGCUGACGGUCGUUAUAUUAUUUUUCUUGAUGACUUUUUAGGUUCAACAAAUUUAGAUAUUGGCGCUGUUGAAAUAUGGAGAAAAUCAUUUGAUGUCAUAUAUUCGAGCGUGAGGAGUGCAAAUGGACAAAUUCUUUUGUUGAUUGGAAUGAGGAAAAAUGUACUAGACGAAUUAAAUGUGCAUUACAUUCACCAGCUUUUCGAAAAAGAUAAUGUUAUUGAUCUGUCUUUAGAAUACAAAAUUACCUUUGAAGAGAAAUUGUCGAUGCUUCAAGCUUAUGAAGGGAAAAGCAAAUUCAAAGCAUCUGAGCUACAGGGAGUAACGUUCAAGCAAUACGCUGAACUAAAAGUCGAAGAUGCUGUCUUCAGUUUAUCUGAUUAUGAACGACGUCAGAUUGCAAAUACUGAACCUUUUUAUGGAUAUCCAUUAACAUGUUUUCAAUUUUUUGAGAAGCGUGAAUUGUUUGAGCUUGGUCCCUUGUUCUUCAAACAUUCAAAUAAAAAGUUAUAUGUAACGAUUGAAAACAUGCGAAAGUCCCCUGCUUACAUAGAAAAUGUAGCAUAUUGCGUUCUGUCAUACAUAUGCAUUAUUGGGGAAAUAUGUAUCAAAAAUAUACCUGAUGACUUAUUUAGAAGUAUUUGCAAAAAUCUGAGGAUUUUUGAUGUUGCAAAGGUGCAUAUUAGAGAUUCUAUUGAAAGCCUAAAUAUUUUUUACAUAUCAGAAACUACAGUACAACAAGUUUAUACGUUUUCCCACGAAACUGUUCUAGAAGCUGUAAUGGUGUCAUUUGGACAAUUGGAUCCAAAACUUGUAAUCCAAAAAUGUAGAAGAAAGAAUUUAUUUGAAUUGAUUCGUUCAGAGGACUAUGAUUUAAAACCUUGUGAGGUUGUGUUGCAGAUACCUAAGGACUAUUAUGAAGAUCUUGCACAGAGAAUGUUGCUUGGAGAUGACGGUGAUGGUGUAGAACAGGAACCGUGGCGUGUAGCGAUGUAUAUUCUGUGGCACCCUUUGUCUGACGACCCUACGUUCAUCUCUACUCUACUUGACCGUGAAAUGGAAGGAAGAAUAAAGUCCAUCUUUAAUGAAUCUAUAGGUGAAUCAUCAAACCUUUACAACUGUUUACUGUCCAAAAAAUCAAAAUCGCACGGGACCUACUUUACAUUAAAUGAAAGACCCUUUUCUGCCACUGACAUAAAAUUGCAAAAUAAUGUCAGCAAGCGAGCUCUGAAAAGAUUAAAUUCUGAUACAAAAGUUAAUAUGAAAGAGUCUAUGCCCUACAUGUAUACAUCAGAUUGCAUAUGUCAAGAAAUCGAAAAUGAAGAUAAACAGGAUGUUUUGAAGAGACAGUCUGCAAUCAAAUGUGCUACGAAUACAUGCCCUAACUCAAAAAUUGGAAGGAGUGUGAGUUGUAAAGAAAAUAAGUCCAUCUGUUCCUCAGAUGCUUCUUUGCCAAAAAAGGGAGAGGGAAAUAAACACACUUCACUUAGUGGGAAACAGAUCUCAAGUCAAAUAGAUGCUACAUCAAAUGCUAUGUUAAAUAAAAAACUAAAGAAAGACAAGAUCAGAUCAGCACCAGAAAACAUGUCUAAGAAAAGUGAGAACGCAAAACAAGCAGAGCUUAAGUCUAGAAAAGAUACUCCAGAGAAUAGAUUUUACAAGAACACAAUUGUCGAUGAUAAGACCCUGGUGGAAAAUUCAAAUAACGGUCAAAUUGAGAGAGGAUUUCAAAGUAAAGUUAGUUUUUAUACCAAACAAGGGCAUGAAUAUAACAUCACUUCUCCAAGUUGCAAAGGCAUGGUGCAAUUUACUCAAAUGUUUCCUCUGUUUGAUAGAAACAGAAGAAUUAAUAUUCAAAGGUAUGAGUUUUCUACCCCAAUAUGUACUUUGAGAUAUGAACCGUUCGGAAAGAAAAAUGAAAAAUUAAAGACUAUCCCUGGAAGAAAAUUAUUCAAAGGAUUUACUGUUAAUCGUUCAAAUACAAACUUUUCUGCUGACAAUAGUGAAUAUUUGAAUGAGAUAACAGAAAAACUUGUUAGCAUUUCUAAAUGCAGAUUGCAGGAAACGGGGAGAAAAUAG